AUUCGGCGACUUAAGAAAACUUAAAUUAAGUGAGGUUUAAAUCGAGUUUGACAUACGGUGAAACGAAAAUAUUUACUUUAAUAAGCGGGCCUUAAUCUUAAGCUGGCCUUAAUAUGGUCGGUGCAAACGGCCCUUAAGAAAUAAGGCUUAUGUCAAAAUUGUCAAAUUAUAAAUUGUCAAUUGUCAAUCGUGUUAGCGCGAACAUAAUAAAUAGAAUAAAUACUGUAAUAGAAUAAACAUUUUUGUCUUUUGUUAAUAAUUCUUGGUUUUGUUAUAUAGUAUGUUCUGGCUGUGAUAUGAAAUAUGGAAAAAUCAAAAUUAAACGAGAUGGUGAAGGCAUUACAAGAUGCUGGUAUGUAUGAAAAUAACUUGACUGAACAAGAUAUACAAGAGAUUUACAAAGCAGUAUCAAAUUCAAAAGAUACUGCAUUAGAAGAAUCCCGAAAAUAUGAAAGCGAUGAAGAUUUGUUUGAAGAAGCAAGUACACAAACUUUACCUAAUGUCAAAAAUGUAGAAGUAGAGAUUACCUCUAAAAAAGAGGAGAGCAAAAAUGUAUUUCAACCAAAAACUUGGACAUUUGACAAAAAACCUUCGGAUACACAAAAUGGUUCCACAAAAGAGGAAAAUUCUGCUGAAGAUGCUACAAAAGCUAAUAUUAGGUUUGAAGAUAUGGUAACUCCCAAUGAACCAAUGCUCAAAAUAAUUUAUCAUCCAAAGCAAUUUACUAAUAUUCAAAAUUGUCAGAAAUUUUUAAAAGCAGAUGUUUCUACAAAAGCAAUGAUGUUAUAUAGCUAUCACACUAACAUGGAGAGAUUAAGAUCCAAGUUAGCUAGGCAAUCUUUUUAUGCAGUUGCUAUGCCAAAACCCAUUGUUCUGAAAGAACAAGUGAUUCCUUCCCUUGACAGGGAUGAUGACUUUGAGGAUACUUAUAUUAGUAGAUCUGGCCGCCAAACAAAACGAAAAUGCUACUAUACUGAAGAAGAAAAUUCCCAGGACCAAGAAACCGUAAGUUCAUCUAACAAAAAACAAAAAUCCAAGAAUGAAGAUGAACAGGAGUGGUUAUCAAAAACAAAAUCAGCGAGCAAAACAGUUGGCAAGAAAUUAGAUUUAACACCAAAGUUAGAUUUAACACCAAAGAUAGAUUCACAGAAAUUUAUGGAAAUUCAACCAGUAGAAGAAGAGGAAAAAGAGAUCCAGAAUGAUGAUAAGAAGGAAGUAGCUAAGCCAAGGUCAAAGAAACUUACAAAUAAUGAGAAAAUUAUGAGUAAGUCAUCUUUAUUUGCAGAGCCUAUCAAAAAAAGUAGAACGCCGCGAUGUGAGCUUAUGUUUGAUAAAUUGAGAGAAGAAACAGUUAAGAAGCAAAAGGAGGAAAAGGAACAGGAAAGGUUCGAAAGAAGUUUAAAUGUGGAUUCGGACGAUAAUCAGGUUGAUAGUCAAAAAGAUGAAGAUAUCAUUAGUAUAGAGGCGGAACCAGUAAGGCGUCGUGUCAUUCCUCCUAUACCUACAAAAAGAAGACCUAUUGGUAACCGGAAUAAACAACAACAGCAAACAAAUAGACUCGCUGACGCACUUGAUAAGAUCGUACCGAGUAGAACUCGACAGAACGAUAAAUCUCCCGUUAAAGAAAAUGAUGCUACAGUUUCUUCCUCAACAUCAGUUGGAUCGUCGACAGAUGUUAAUUGUCCUGUGUGUGACAAAUUAUAUUCGAAGGAGACAGUAGAGGCACAUGCUUGGACUUGUGGUCAGGGGGAACAAAUGGUCACAAGGUCUGCCUUGCAAUCCUCAUCCAAGCUAUCGUGUGAAAUAUGUGAUAAAGUUGUCCUUGAUGAUUAUGAUCUCCAUGUACAGCAAUGCUUGGAUCAAGAGAAAAAGAAAAAUAAAACAAAAUAACUUCAUUGUUUGAUUUAAUAAUUAUAUUUUAUUGUUUUUGUUUAUAAGAAGUAUAUCAAUACUCGUUGAAAAUAGUUCUAAUGUGUUAGGUUAUUAUUUUCAAAGGUUGAGUUAAUAUAUACAAUAAUAAUUCAAAAGCUGUGUAAAAAUAGAAGCUUUAUAAAAAACUUA